AUGUCUCGCUCGAUGCUAUCGUCUGCUGCUCGCCAGCUAUGGCGGCAGCGCUCCCCUCGCACAGGAGUUCCUGCCUUCCCAUCAGCAAAACCUCGUUCGAGCAUCUCCGCAUCGUUGAGCGAUUCUAUCCCCCGCCGGUUGAUAUCCUACGCCAUCUGCGAGUCGAAGGCAAACAGAAUCAUUUCCCCACGGAGGUCCCUCCCCGCAUUCGUGCGUCUCCAACAGCGUUGCGCUUUUUCGUCCACAUCCAUCAGACCCGCCACCAAGGUCUUACAGAACCCGAGAACCGGCGAAGAUGGCAAUCCACUGACGAUUGAAAUCUCGCCCCGCGCUGCAGAAGUACGUUCAUAUCGUUGUUCAUCCGUUACAUCUUGUGUUACUUUUAAGUGUGGCGUGACUCGGUACAAGAAGGUUGUGCUGGACGGGAGUAGCUCCUGGUCAUGA